AUGACGGUUUUUCUAAGUAUUAGUUUUGGACUUUUUAUAUUUUGUUCAAUAGAAUCAAAGUCUCUAAAUAUCAAGCAGUCUAAGAAGCCAAUGUUUAAAGACCUUUACAGAAAACUAAACCCAGAAGUAGGAGGAAAUCCUGGAGAGCCACUGGUGUUAGCUGACGUCCACCAUCACGUCUAUGAUACAUAUUGUCCAAUGGGAUCGUACUAUGAACAUGAGACUGAUUGUACGAAGUUUUAUCAGUGCGCGCCCUGGGGAGCACAAGAGAUGAACUGUCCUUCUGGGACUGUAUUUGAUCCCAAAAUUUCCGUUUGUAAUUGGCCUCGACCAGGUUUAUGUGAUAGGACGACUACAGAAAUCACAACCACAAUAAAACCGGUAAGUACUUCUAAUAUAAUAGAAGAAGAAAGUACUACUGCGAACACGACAAUACCAUCAGCAGAAACGAAUAAUAUUGAAACAUCUACAGAAAUUGUUUCUCAGAAACCUGACACAGAAGAGACAGUAACAGAAACUCAAGGACUAGAAAACACAACCACUGAUUCUGAAGAAACUGAAGAGACUGUAUCUAAUAUUCCUAAUACCGACGAACAAUCUACUGAUACUGAAGAGCAAGCAACAAGUAGUGAAGAAUCAGCAGUUAGCACUGAACAACCGCUAAGUACUUCUAAUAUAACAGAAGAAGAAAGUACUACUGUGGACACAACAACAGCAUCAGCAGAAACGAAUAAUGUUGAAACAUCUACAGAAAUUGUUUCUCAGAAACCUGAAACUGAAGAGCCAGUAACUGAUACUCAAGGACCAGAAAACCCUAAAACUGAUUCUGAAGAAACUGAGGAGUCUGUAUCUAAUAUUCCUAAUAGUACAGAGGGGUCCCACAAUCAACCUACUUAUACUGAAGAACCGGCAUCAAGAGAGAGUACUACUGUCAAUACGGCAAUAGCAUUAGCAGAGACAAAUAAUGUUGAAAAAUCUACAGAACUUGUUUCUCAGAAACCUGAAACUGAAGAGCCAGUGACUGAUACUCAAGGACCAGAAAACCCAACAACUGAUUCUGAAGAAACUGAAGGGACUGUAUCUAAUAUACCUAAUAGUACAGGGGGACCUGAAAAUCAAUCUACUGAUACUGAACCAGCUGAAAGUACUGAAGCACUAGUAGCCAGUACUCAAGAACCAGUAUUGAGUACUGAAGCACCAGCAGCGAGUACUGAAGAACCAACUGUGCGUCCUGAACAAUCAUCAGCGAGUAGUAAAGCACCAGAAGUUUCAACUGAUCUGAUUGAAGAACCGGUAGCGACUGAUUCCGAGAAGCCUGAAACUGAUGAACCGAACCAGAACCUGCCUUCAUCCAAGACCCCUACUAGUACAGAGGCUACUGCUACUGAAGAGCCAGCAGCCAGUAAUGGAGAACCAGCAGUGAAUACUGAAGAAUCAGCAGUGAGUCCCGAACAAUCUGAUUCCGAAAAGCCUAGAACUGAUGAAUCGAUGACUGACACUCCAGCACCAGAAUCUUCAAUAAAUAUUUCUGGAGAAUCUGAAGAGCCUUCCUCCAAUACUCCUAAAAGUACACAUGGAUCAGAUAAUCAAACUACUAAUACUGAACAACCAGCAGUCAGUACUGACAAACCAGUAGUGAGUACUGAACAAUCAUUAGCGAAUAGUGAAGUACCAGAAGAUUCAACUAAACUGACUGAUGCAUCGCAAGUGACUGAUUCCGAGAAGCCAGAAACUGAAGAACCGGUAAUUAAUAUUCCAGCUCCAGAAAAUUCAACAAAUACUCCUGAAGAAUCUGAAGAACCUGCAUCCAAUACUCCUAAUAAACCAGCAGUGAGUACUGAACUACCGUCAGCGAGUAGUAAAACACCACAAGAUUCAACUGAUCUGAAUGAAAUAUCUACAGUGACUGAGUAUCAGGAACAAGAAACUGAAGAAAAAGCAACUGCCACUCAGUCACCACAAAAUCUAACUACAGCCAAAGAGGCUGUUUCCAAUGAUCCUAGUAGUACAGAAAACUCGAAAGAUUCAAGUGAAAUUAAUGAUACUGAUUUACCAGAGGAAAAAGUCACAGAGACCGCAAGUGGCCAAAGUAUUUCUCCUAAAGAUUUCACAGAGACAACAGAAGUACCAGAGAAGUCAGGCAGGCACGUAGCCAGGAAAUGUGCUUGA